UUUAGUAAUAAUCAACAAAUAUUUAAUAUGUCUGAUACGGUACCUGUUCAGCAUGGUAGAACCACCGACCCUACAUCAUCAACAAAUUCCAAACCAAAGCCCGAGGAACCCAUAUAUGCAACUGUAAACAAGAAUAUGCGUUCAAAUGUAGUGCCAGCAAUGAAUUGUGAAAAAGUAUCAAGGAAAAAAGAGAUAACAAUAGUAUUGUUGGGAGAGUCAGGUGUGGGAAAGUCCACAUUCAUUAACGCUUUGGUCAACUAUUUGUCGUAUGAGAGUCUGAAUGCAGCCAAUGGUCAGCCCAUAUGUAUAAUCCCUAUUUGUUUUACAUUAACUAAUCCAUCGACAUGGGAACCUGUGAAAGUGACACUGGGUGAACACGAUAUGAAUGAAAACACUGAUGACCCGACACAGUCUGCCACACAAUACCCCAAAUGCUAUAAAUUUGAAGAUGAUAAGAUUGUGGUCAAUAUUAUUGAUACGCCGGGAAUUGGAGACACGGAUGGUGUGGAUAGAGAUAAUAGAAAUAUGCAAAAUAUAUUGGAUUUUAUAAGUAAUUAUCGGGAAAUCAAUGCGUUUUGCGUACUUUUAAAGCCCAAUGAGGCGAGACUUGAUGUCCUUUUCAACGCCGCAAAUAAUAUACUAUUUCUGUUUACAAACUCCCGGAGCACUCACUACAUGCCCGGGGAUUCCGGACCCGCAUUAAUGAGUAUUUUACAGCAAAUUAAGGAAAGACCGCCAAAUGUUGACAUCCCUUAUAACGAAAAUUCAAUCUAUUGUUUCGAUUCCGAGUCUUUUCGAUAUCUCGUGGCUUCGGUUCCGCCAAAUAAUGUUAAAUUUGAUUCGAGAUUUAAAUCAACUUAUAUUGAAAGUUGGGAUCGAUUUGACCUAGAGGAAUGCCAGCGUUUAUUUGCACACAUAUCACACCUGCCGACACACCAAGUGAUGGACACCCUAUCACUCAAUAACGCCAAACAAAUCAUACAAAUAAUAACCAAACCGUUGGCCGACAUCAUAAAAAAUAUUGCUGAUAACGUUAAACAAUGCGAAACAUAUAAAAUUCAACUCAAAGCCCAACCGGGAAUCGCCACUAAACAAGAAAUACCAUCCGUUGAAUUAGUAUACUAUCAAUUACAUGAGCCUAAGACAGUGUGCACUGAUGUCGGAUGUGUUGAACAAACCGAGGUUAAUGGCAUAACCACGACCAUUUAUCCCAGACCAUGCCAUUUACCAUGCUACCUUAAGUAUAGCGAUGGCAGUAUUAUGGGUGAUAAGGGUUUACUCAAAUGUAGGGCUUUCAACAAACAUAACAGCAAAGAUAAUAAUCCUAAUAAAAUUAAGACUACUAGCGACAAAUUUACUGAAUCCUACUUGAAACUUCCGGGUAUUUUCCUGGCUAAAACAGCUGGGUCAAACUUUUGUCUAAAGUGUAGCCACAGUAUUAAACAUCACAUGCAUAUGACAUAUGAGACUAAAGCUGUCCUAAAAACAGUGCCCGUAGACGACAGUAACACUCGGGUAAAAUCGGUUACAGCCGAGGGUCCGGAGCCAGAGAUUCAGCGUCUGGACCGACGUAUCGCCGAUUUGAAUGACGAAAACCACACAAUCGUUAACUCUAUGGCAAUGUUUGCCUGUUUUUUGGCCAACAAUACGCUGACCGCCUGUUCGGACGCCUUCGACGACUACGUCCAGCACUUGAUCGACAGCGCAGUUGACAGCGAAGAGCCCGACAGUCGGGCCACAAUCGAUCGUUACGAGCAGUUGUUAAAUAGUUAUCGUCAUGAAAAACAGACAAUUAUUGAUAACCUGCCGGACAGGGCUGUCAUCACAGCGGAGAAUAUUAGUCUUUAA